AUGGCCCGUAAAUCUGUAUCGUAUGAUUCGCCUGAACUCGCCUCUGGUUUCUACAAUCCCUAUGAGCAAAGAUCUCUGCCUUCACAACCGACCAAUGCAAGGGUGAAAACAAAUCCAGUGGUUCCCAACUAUGAAAUUACAGGUUCAGUCUCAAAGAAUUCUUCUUACAGUAUGAAGAUUGUUGUUGUAGGUGAUGGUGGCUGUGGUAAGACCUGUUUGCUAGUCAGUUAUGCUCAGCAGCAGUUCCCAGAAGUCUACGUCCCCACAAUUUUCGAGAACUAUGUUACAACGGUUCGCUCUCCUCAAGGAAAGCUCAUAGACUUAGCCCUUUGGGAUACUGCUGGUCAGGAAGAAUAUGAUCGUUUGAGACCAUUGUCAUACCCUGAUGCAGAUUUGAUCUUAAUUUGUUUCGCGCUAGACAACCUCGUAUCUCUCCAGAAUGUGAAAGACAUGUGGUACCCAGAAGUCAACCACUUCUGUCCUGGUAUUCCUGUUGUAUUGGUUGGAACGAAAACAGAUUUGAGACUGACCAUUGACCCAAACUUACCCACACAGGUAGCUUCCGAGAUCAAUGCCAUUGGCUAUAUUCUGUGCUCCGCGAAGACUAUGAAUAAUGUGAAAUCAGUUUUCAACUUUGCAUUGGCUCACUUUCAAAAAGACAAAGAAUUCCAGGAACAGGUCCAGAAACUGAACAACAGAUUGUCACGUAUGAUGGGCCAAACCCAUGCUCGUGGACACUCACGCAAUUCAAGUAAUAACAGUUACAAGAAAGGACAUCUAAAAAAUGCCUCAGUCAACUCUAGUGUACUCCUCAACGCUCCUCUAACAGAGGAGGAGUACGACAAAGACCCAUACAAACAGCUGCAGGCAAACAAGUACAACGAAGAAGAGUUUGCAUUUACGCGAAAGUCGCGCUCGAGAAAAUGUAUAAUUUUGUAA